AUGUCUAAAGUUUUGGCUGUACUUUUCUUCUUAUUCAUAUUUUCAGAAUCUAUUCCAACCAGAUUCCGUCGGCAAUACGGGUGGGGAGUGUCACCGUACUACAACGCUGCGCAAUACUACGAGAAUCAACCUCAGCAAUGGUCAUCAUCACAAACGAACAACCAAAACUACUACUCACCAUAUUUUUACGGGUAUCAACGUCAAAAUAAUUGGCAGCAGCAAAACCAAAACUCUUAUCAACAACCACAAUCUCACUACAACCGACCAUCAUGGAUCUCAGAGGAUGGAUAUGCUAAUAACGGAUACGCCACCGCGCCGCCAGCCUACAACCAAGCAAAUUCCGGAUACGGUCGUCCGAAAUACCUAGCGACUUUGCAACCAAAACCGACACUGUCCCCAGUGAUUCUAGAACGAUCUACACUUUUUGUGACACCUGAACCGACUAUCAGGCCGACAGAAGGUGGAGACAGGCAUCCAACAUUCUUAGAAAGGUUAGGAGUAGCUACGUUGCCAAUUGUUCGAACGAAUUCGGAAGAGGAGACCUUGAAAAGUGCAGAGGAAGCUUUGAAGGCUGCAGAGGAGGAGCUUGGAAACGGAGAACUGUUGCCGGAAAGAUCAGAGGGAGGUGAAGAAUCUGAAGAGAUGACAACUGCUAUAGCGCCCACAUCAGAGGAAACAUUGGGAACCGAGACACCUGUAAUUGAAUUCACGGAGCCAUCUGUACUGGAAAAGGAUGAAGUUGCCUCUUCGGAAUUUUUCGCGUCGUCUACAGAAGAACCUUCCACUACAGAAGCUCGAAUGGAGACCACACAACAUACCACAGAAGUUCCAACAACCACAACAACCUCUGAAAGCAUUACAGAAAAGCUGACGACUACUACUGUGCUGUCGACGGAACCCACGACAGAAGAGGUCGCGACCACAUCCACCACCACCACAGUACCAUCUGAACCACCAACCCCUAAACCUGUUAAAAAUGUCAAACCGGUCACUCUGCUUGCCUUCCAAGAAGUGACUAAUGAAAUCACAUCGAAUCCCGCAAAUGUUACUCAACCGACCGCUGAUCAAAGCACAACAAGUGUUGGCGAUUUGAAUGAAAUCGGAGAAGGGUCUGGAGCCGAAGACGCCGCGGCCGAGAACACAACUAGUAGCCGACCAUCAACAUUCUCGACUGGAAUCGUUGGUCUCCGUGCUCCGCCGGUCCCGAAAAGCACCGAGACCGGUCUGGCUGUCGUUGAGUGGACCGAUUCGGAUAAUGAAGUUAGGAAGGUUCUUUUAACUCAGUGA